AUGCACCAUCGGACAGUCAACGGACAAUCGUACUUGUAUCACGGUACCCGCAGCUGUUGGGGUGGAUUUAAGCGCCGCCGAGAGAAAUACGGUGAGCUGAAGGGCAAUUUUGCGCGUGCGUUCGGGUUAGGGUUUUGGCGAUGGUGGUCGCGCUUGGAAAUGAUAACGGUGAUAGCUGAGAAGGGGGUUCCACUAGACCUCAUCACGCCGAACACCCCACCGGCCCCCAUCUUUCUUGAUCAAGGGGAUAAUGAGAUGGGCGGACAGGACAGUGGCGAUGCCACGGGGGGUUAUAAUGAAUUUUCUAAGACCAGCUAUGUCGAAUCUAUAAAUUUCUGGUUCUUUCUUCCCAUCCAACCUGAAGCGCUUGUGCAGUAUCAUGCUCCUCAUUGGUUCCCAUUUCUUUCUCUACCCCACAGAUUCAGCGGGGACGGCCGCUUUCGAUACCCCUAA